CGCGCGAGCGGAGGGUGACAGAGACCUGCGGCGGAAGGUAUGACCAGGGCGCGGGGUGGUUAGCUUACCCGUCUGCGUCGCUGCCGAUGGAGAACAUCGAUGAGGUUUCGCCCGUCCGGAUCACUGCGACUGUCCGGGCGCUGAGCUCCGCACUGCGGGGAAGCACAGAGAAUGUUCCCGAGUCCGGCCACGGCGGCGGGGAGAAGCUCUGGUUCAAAGAGAGCAGCGCAAAAAAUCUCCGCAACAGGGACUUCUUGUCGCCGACCACCGUGCUGAACACGCUGUUCACCGACGGACAGGUUCCUUCAGCAGUGAUGUCCAGGGUCCUGUCAGUCUGUGGCAAUGGGAUUCUUCCUGUGGGUGGUGGGGAGGUGAUGAGUGAAGGGCUGAGGGUGAGGGUGGACCGGACCGCAGCCUACAGGGCCGUUUUGACAGGUGGCGCCGUGGAGUACCUGAAGCCCUUGGUCCAGAGGCAGGGCUGCGUGGUGCUGAACUGCCCCGCCCUGCACUCUAAACCCGACACACCCACACCUGAUACACUGACUCUGGGCCAGUUGAGGACUGUUCUAUUGGCUGACCACAUGGGGGCGCUGCUGAGAAAACAGGGAUUUACAGUGUCCUACUGCCCCACCCUUCCUGAAGACGGUGACAUCAUUACUUUCCCAACGUUGGGCAUUGACUGGCUGACAGCUCCACCAAACUGGACCAAUGAGGAGCGAGAGAAGAGGAUCCUGGGAGCGCUGGAGAAUUCCCCAUACAGAGAGAGGGAUACGGAGCGAGGCAGGAGGAAGGCGGAGGAGGGAGAGAACGAUGGAGAGCUCAGGGUCAACCUGAAACAAGUGUUCCAGGAGGAGGGCCUGGUGGGAUACGACCCCAGUCUUGGUACCUGCACAGUACACAGAAACAGUGUUUCUCACCUGGCACAGCUGGACCGGGCCGCUGCCAACUACACGGGAUCUGCAGCAGUAGUAUUACACGUGACAUCGUGUCAGGAUGAGUUCCGUCAGCAGCAGAUGGCAAUGCUGUGGAGAGCCAGUGGGGCGACACAUGCACAGAGACAUCUGGUGUGUGGACCUGUGAAGACUCCUGGCUGUCACCUCUCUGCUGCACAGUACCUGCAGCUGAGAAGAGGACAGAUGAAGGAGGCUUCAGAGAUGAAGUAUGGAGAUCAAGUAGAAGGUCAGACGUGGGACGACAUCAUCAGGGUCAUGACCUCGGCCACGGUCAGGUUUGAGCUGCUGUCCACAGUCCACACCAGUCCUGUGACACUCGACACCCAGAGGGAAGGGGGCGUGUCCACCAAAGGGCCAAGGGGAGGAGUGUUUGUGAUGUACAACUGCGCCCGACUGCACACGCUCUUCAACAGCUAUGAGAGAGGCGUGGAGAAUGGACAUUACCCAGAAAUCCCUGAAGACUCUCAGUUAGACUUUUCUGCUCUCAAAGAAGAGGGCGAGUGGCUGCUCCUGUUCAAUUAUCUCAUUCCGUUCUCUGAGCUGUUGGACCAAUCAGGACAAGUGCUGGCCUGUGAAGGGGGAGGAGCCAGAGUAAAUAUAAAGACUGAACAGGUCUGUAAAUUUCUGGUGUCUCUCAGCAAAGAUUUCAGCUCCUACUAUAACAGAGUGCACGUGCUGGGGGAGCCAUUACCUCAUCUCUUCAACCUGAUGUUUUGUCGUCUAUACCUGCUGCGAGCCUUGAGAGAACUAUACCACUGCGCUCUGGACACUCUCAACCUUCCUCCUAUCAGACAGCUAUAGCUGCGAGCUGAUCCUCAUCAUCUUCACUCUCAGUUGUACGCGUUUAAUAUUCAGGUUGUUCUUAUUUGUUCAUCUACAAGCUGCAGUACCCACCUAAAUCAAGGGGGCAGUAUAACACAGGUGCAGCAAAGGGACGAAGCCCAUAAUGGUGAAAGUCUUUGAACAGAAAGUCUGUGUUGUCCUCAGUUAGCAUGAUGUCAUCUUGUCAGAAUACUUGCUAACUCCAGCAACGAUUCGAUUCGGAUUUGCGGUGCACUGGAUAAACAUUCAAGCCUUCCGAAUACACGGGAGCAGAACACGUUCUGAGAUCAUUGAUCUACGCCAAUUUAUGUUAGUCCUCCAAUGGGCCAUUUCCAGAGAUAUUACCCAGAAGCCCUUUAAUAUUGUGUUCCUGGUUCUAAACAUUGAUGGUGUUUAUGUUCGUGAGUUCAGCUGCACCAUAAAACCAAAACGAUGUGGGCGUGGCCAUAGCAUGGCUGGUUGAGUUGAUGGUUGAUUAACGCACGAGUUACAGUGAAGUUUGUCCUGUUGCACACAAUUUCUGAGCAUCAGGGUGCAAAUGUGUUUUCAAGUCUUAUUGGACAAAAGAGUUUGUAAAAUAUUGAAAUGCAGCCAGGUCCGUAAGUGUUUGGACACUGACUGAUUUUUAUGCACCAGAAUUUUAACAGAUUGGACAAACCUAAACCUAGAAGGUGGUUGAGAAGGGAAUUAAAUAAAUAAAUUUAAUUAAUAAGGUAGAUGGAAAAAUGUUGUUGACAGCUUUCAUGUUUAUGCAAGAAACAGUUUUUGUCCUUUAAAGUCAGUACAGCAAUCUAACACGUAAUAACAAACAGUAACCUACAAAGAUUUUAAGAAUCUGAUGUAUGUUGGUGCCAAAAAUCCCAAAGUAUUGCAAGAAAUGUGCCAGGCUUCAUUUUGUAAAUAGUCUCGCUUAAGUUUACAGAACGUACCAGUCGCUGCCCCGGGGGUGAUUUUUGAGUUCCGUUUUACUGUUCAUCAACCAAUUGUAUGUAAAUUCUUAAUGUUGUCUUCACCAAUGCCACAUAAUUAUUUAUUGUCUGUUUAAAAAAAAAAUACAACUGUACAGAGAAAAUAUUCUGCACAGGAGUCUUAUGUUCUGUGGUAGUUAAUCCUACCAAACUGUCAAAGAACUCUUGGCUGGAUAACGGCAUCGUUUAUAACAAUGUGCCGUGUGGGGAGGAGGUGCAUGAAAAAUCUAGUUUUCAGGAGGAAGGAAAAUAUUCCAAACUGAUCCUUCGGUAUGUGUUGCCUGUUUAAAAGUGCCAGAGUUUUUGACUUAAUUAUCUUUUGUGAUGUUUGGAACCAAACAUUCGUGUCACACCACAGUAUUAACCUCUGACACGCCCACUUGCUUCUCUCCACAUUGUUGUUGGUCCCUGAUGAGUGUUGCUUGGUUUUUAAUAGGAUUUUUGGUUUUAGAAAUUGUAUUUUUACCUUUUGUUACCAUUGCAACAAAAUAAAUUAAAAGCUGCAGCUGUGUACAGCAGUGGUUCUCAAUCCAGCAGGGCCCCUUGCUGUGCACAUUUUCUGUCCCAGCCCCAGUUACAUGUCAUUAGAGAUGGAAAAUGUGCAGAACCGCUGGUUUAUGCGCCACAACCAGGCUUAAAGCGUGUUGAGGUAUUUUGAUUUUGUAUGUUGUACCUUGCACAUU